AUGGCACUAACGUUAAAAGGGUGUUGCAUGGUGAGGCCUAAUGAGGCAACAUGGUGUGGUCGCUUACCAUUAUCCGAAUGGGACCAAAUAGGAACCAUAACACAUGUUCCCACCAUCUACUUCUAUCAUAAACCCACAAGCUUACACACUUCCACCAUUAUUAACACUUUGAAGGACUCUUUGAGUCGUGUGCUUGUACCAUUUUACCCCUUGGCCGGUCGGUUGCACUGGAUAAAUAACGGUCGUCUUGAGCUCGAAUGCAACGCCAUGGGAGCUCAAUUCAUUGAAGCCGAAUCGUCAUCAACCCUAGAAGAGGUUGGUGACUUGUCACUUUCAUCGGAGUAUCUCUACCACCUUUCUCCAAACGUAGACUAUACUCUCCCGAUUCAUGAGUUGCCACUGUUCAUUGUUCAAUUCACGACGUUCAAGUGUGGCGGAUUCGGCCUCAGCUUGGCGAUUUCUCAUGCCAUCGCCGACGGACAAAGUGCACUGCAUUUUAUCAACGAGUGGUCGAGGUUUGCGCGCGGUGAGGCCUUGGAGAUGGUGCCGUUUCUUGAUAGGAAAGUGUUGCGUGCCGGAGAACCACCUUUGGCGCCGUUGCCGGCUGGCCAUGGGCGGUCGGAGUUUGAAAAUCCUCCGUUGUUGCUGGGGCAGUCUACGAAUAUGGAGCAGAGGAAAAAGAAAACGACGGUGGAGUUUUUCAAGUUGAGCAAACAAGAAGUUGAUGGGUUGAGGAAUUUGGCAAAUCUUAGUUGGGGUAACCCUAGCAAUGGACGUGGUUAUACCAGGUACGAAACAGUAGCGGGGCACGUGUGGAGAAGCGCAUGCAAGGCAAGGGAACACAAAAAUGACCAACCAACGUGUUUAGGGGUGUGUGUGGAUUCAAGGUGUCGCAUGAAGCCGCCAUUGCCAAAAGGGUACUUCGGGAACGCAACCUUGGACGUGGUUGCAACCUCUCUUUCCGGUGAUUUGGUUUCAAGGCCAUUAGGGUAUGCUUCAAGCAGAAUAAGGGAAGCCAUUGAGAAGGUGACUGAUGAGUACAUCAAGUCAGAGAUUGAGUUCUUGAAGAACCAACAGGAUUUGAGCAGGUUUCAGGAUCUUCAUGCCAUGAGAAGUGACAAGGGUCCAUUCUAUGGUAACCCUAACAUGGGUGUGGUUAGUUGGUUGACUUUGCCGGUCAACGGCCUUGACUUUGGAUGGGGUAAAGAGGUUCAAAUGUAUCCCGGUACACAUGAAUUUGAUGGUGAUUCUGUUCUUCUUCCUGGUCUUGAUACUGAUGGUUCUGUUGUUCUUGCUAUAUGUUUGCAAGUGGAUCAUAUGGAUGCAUUUAGGAAGCAUUUCUAUCAAGACGAAUCAUGCUAA